GACGACAAUAAAAUGUUGAAAAGUGAAGUGAAUAAUUGUGAAUGGGAUAUCCACCUACGUAUAUUUGUCCUGUAAUAGGUAGCGCGUGACAAACAUUAGUUUAAUGAGCUUCUGGAUAUAUGGACAUAUUUUUCGUUCGUUAAAUCUAAUUUACACAUUUAAUUGAAUAUGUGAUGACAUCAGCGUAUGGUGUUUUACUAGACAUGCGUUUAAAUGAUUUGGAGCGACUCCAAAGGACACAUGUGAAUUCGGUUAUUGUGCUAUUAGCGAUUGCAAAGUGAAUUUAAUAUAAUAUAUAAAAUGAAUUUAUUUUCUACUUAUUUUUUCACGCUACUGUUUUCUUUGAAGCAAAUGAAAUGUGAAGGACAAAAUCCAUACUUAGAAGUUCUCCGGAAUAAGUCUUGGAAAAGUAUACAUAAAUAUGUUGAAGUUCGUCCCGGUGCGCAUCUUUUUUAUUGGUUUUAUUACGCCGAUGGUAGCAUAGUUGACGCUUACCAAAAGCCACUGAUUAUAUGGAUUCAGGGCGGACCAGGGCUUGCGGCUACUGGAAUAGCUAAUUUCGCUGAAAUUGGACCGCUAACUAUGGAUAUGAGACCUCGAAACCAUACAUGGGUAAAUGGAAGAAACUUAUUGCUAAUAGAUCAUCCAGUCGGUACUGGGUUUAGUUACGUGGUGAAUAAAUCGUUACUUGUAAAGACAGAUAAGGAUGCAGCAAAAGAUCUCUUAAGAGUAAUAAAAGAUUUUUUUAAAAAACAUAAAGAGUUCCGUAAGACACCAACCUAUCUAUUUGGUCAGAGUUAUGGAGGCAAAUUAUGUCCAAGAUUGGGUUAUUAUUUACAGACGGCAAUAAAAAAUAAGCGUUUGAAGAUGAAUUUUAGGGGUAUUGGAAUUGGAAGUGGAUGGGUCGACCCGAAACAGAGUUCCUUAGUGCAGCCAGAGUUUCUAUAUAAUAUGGGCGUUAUAGAUCUACACACAUAUGCAAAAACAAUGAAGAUAGCAAAAAAAAUGAGUUACUUAAUAGAGAAAAGAGAGUACAUUACCGCUGGAAAACUGGAUGCCCUGAUGUUUAAUAUUUUGAAUGUCGAAGCUGGGAUGGAGAUUAACUUCAACAAUAUCAACCAACCGAGUCCAUAUAGAGCCUUAGACGAGUUAGUAACGAAAGUUAACAAAUAUGUAAAACCAACGUUGUUGGAAGUCAAUCAGACUUUUGUGUGGAAUUAUAUUUCGGAUGACGUGUUCCAAAGUUUGAAUGAUAGCUUUUUGGUUCCGUCAACUAAAUUCUUAGAAACACUCCUGAAUCAUACAAAUCUCAAAAUUGCUAUAUACAAUGGAAAUUUGGACGUUGUUACUCCACUUGCUGGUGCUACAAAUUGGGUGCAUGCGUUAAGAUGGCACGGCGCUCAAGAGUUCAUGAAUGCAAAGCGUGUACCUAUUCGAGGAAAUAGAAAUGGGUUUUUUAAAGUAGCAAAACAGCUCAGCUUUUGGUCAGUUUUUGGCUCAGGUCAUUGGGUUCCGGAAGACAAUCCUGAAGCAAUGGAACAAAUAUUACAGUAUAUGAUGGACGACACCUACAUCAAUCUGAACUUCAAUUGGUAGUUACGUGUAUUGUAAGACUGAUUAAUGUUUUUAUAUCAAUAGAUAUUUAUAUAAAAAUAUAGUUACGUAUAAGGAGUUAGAAAAACGGCAAGUAUAUUUUUAAGACACGUAUAAUUCUAUACAUAAUAACCGAUAUAAAAAAGAAACAAUAUUUAUUUACAUUAAUAAUAAUUGAACAAUUACAUAAUCAUUGUUUUUGAAGCACCAAUAUGUUUAUUUUCCGGAAAAUAAUGAUGUAGUUUUUUCCUUCAAAUUUUAUGGUCCGAAAUAUAAUUCUCUAAAUUAUAAUGCAUAGUAUACUUAGUCCUGAAGAGCACCUAAACGAACGUUGUAGAUUCGAAUAGUUAAUAGUAUUUAAUGCAAUCAAUGUAUCGGAUAAGAGUAUUUAAAAUUGUUUAUUUUACAAAUCUAUUAUUAUAAAAAUGAAUUUGAAUAUGUA